AUGGCAACAAUAACUCCAAACAAAAUCAUCUCGUUCACAAUACUACUUUUCAUAACCAUCAACAUAGCUAAUGGCAUCAAUGGCAAGGUUUGGUCAUAUAACACAUUUGGAACAAUAUUUGUGGUUGAUGAUCCUGUUACAAUUAGUCUUAGUUCAUAUUCAACUCAAAUUGGAAGGGCUCAAGGUAUAAUUACCGUAACUUCUCAAGAUGGUGCAAAUGUGAACAUAGUUUUGUCAAUUGUGUUCAAUAAUGCACAAUACGCUGAUAGCACUUUAGAAAUUCAAGGUACAAGUCAUCAACGUGAUAAUUUAAGAGAGCUCGGUGUUGUUUCUGGAACUGGAAGAUUUCGAUUUGCAAGAGGAUUUGCUGUGUUUGAAACUAUAUCUUAUGAUCCUACCUAUAGCCAGUCUGUUAUUAGGUUGACCGUAACAUUGGCCAUUCCUUGA